AUGGGCUUAUCAACUCUCUUCAGGAAGGCAAAGCCGGCCGUGCAGUUAGAGCAUCGUUCACCUGAGGAAAAGGCUUUGGUCAGAAGACUAGAUAUGUUUCUUCUCACAUUUGGGUGCAUCAGUCAAGUCAUUAACUACUGGCUCACUGGCCUGGAGAUUACAUGGGGUGUCAUCACAGGUCUGAUGGCAUUANGCAAAAACGCAAAGCAGGUAUAUGUCUUGCGAGUCUUUCUUGGACUGUGCGAGUCGAGUGCUUGGCCCGGCAUGAUGACUUUGCUCAUGCAUUGGUAUACGCCCAUGGAGCUUGCGAAGAGAAUGGGUUUCUAUCAAUCUUGCCAGACACUGGGAUACAUGAUGUCUGGUGCGCUGCAAGCUGCUAUCAUUGCCACGCUCGAAGGCAGAGGGCUUUCUGGCUGGCGAUGGCUGUUUGUGAUCAGUAAGUCCAUUGCGAUCCUUGUUGAACAUCAAUGCGUAUUGACCAAUGAUCAGNAUGCUAUCAUGACGGUAGUCUGGGGUAUCUUGGGCUUCUUCAUGCUGCCAGAUGUACCAAAUGAUCCUAAUCCCAGGGCCUUCUGGUUCAAGAAAGUGGAUGCCGAGCUUGCUAUGGAACGUCUCGCCCGUCAUGGUAGAGCAGAGCCCAAGAAGUUGUCAUGGGCAGGUACAAAGCGUGCUUUCUCUGGCUGGACAUUGUACUUCAUCGCAGCCCUUUACAUUGCAACUGUCCAUGCUCAGNGAGGCUACUCGUACUUCAACUUAUUCUUGAAGGCUCUCACCAACCCCGAUGGAUCGAAGCGCUGGUUUGUCGACCAUGUCUUUCGAAUUAUUGAAUUAGCACUGACGUCUUCCAAAGGUCUACCGAAGCAANUCAAUGUCAUCCCUAUUGCAGGCGGUGGUAUAGCCGUAGCAUUUGUCUGGAUCUGGGCCAUCCUCUCCGACACACUCCGUACACGCUGGACUCUCAUCAUCGUACAAGCACUCAUCGGUCUAAUACCAGCCAUCAUCAUGACACUCUGGACAAGCAAUCCUACCAGCAUACCCGUCUCCGCAGCAUAUGCCAGUUACUUCAUCUCCUACCUCUCACUCGGCACAGCACCACUAAUCUUCUCCUGGCUCUCCGAACUCAUACCCCAAGACCCCGAAGCUCGAUCCCUCAUUGUCGGUACAAGUGUUGCUGGCUACUAUGCUGUUUCCGCGUGGUCUGGAAUCUUGAUCUGGCCUGCCAAAGAAGCACCUUAUUAUAGAUGUGGAUGGCAGACUGCGUUGAGUUUGUGGCUCGUCGUCAUCUGCAUGACUUGUGUGUUGAGAUUCGUGGACGUCAGAUAUCUCAUGCCGAAGAGGAAGAUGUUUGUUGAGACUCUGCAUAGUGAUGCAGUCCAGGAGGUCGAAACAACUUCCGAACAUGGAGACGUGAACAGCUUGAAGGGCAAGGAUGUCGAUGUUGCAGUCAGUAGGGUAUGA